GCAAAAAGGGCAAGCCCUAAUCUUUGCCAAGACUUUCCUAAAUGCCCCACACCCAACUUGCGCUUCCACCAACACCAACUCAAGCGAAUUGAUUCCCAUCCAAAAAAAAAGUUUGUAAAAUCAUACCUCUCCUCCGCACACAGCCAACUUCUUGCGCGAACGCCAAAACAGACCGUCGACUAACCCAACACCCUCCGACAACAUCCUCUCCAUUUCAAUACCGCAAAAAUGACCGGCGGAGUCUCAGUUCGCGAUGUCGAUGCGCAGAAGUUCAUCAACGCGUACGCUAGCUUCUUGAAGCGACAGGGCAAGCUGCCCAUUCCCGGUUGGGUCGACACCGUCAAGACCGGUCCCUCGCGGGAGCUUCCCCCCCAGAACAUCGACUGGUUCUACGUGCGCGCGGCCAGCGUCGCCCGCCACGUGUACCUGCGCAAGACGGUGGGCGUCGGCCGCCUCCGCAAGGUGCACGGCACCGCCAAGAACCGCGGCACCCGCCCCUCCAAGCACGUCGACGGCUCCGGCUCCGUCGACCGCAAGAUCCUCCAGGCCCUCGAGAAGAUCGGCGUCCUCGAGCAGGACGAGGAGCAGGGCGGCCGCCGCAUCACCCAGUCCGGCCAGCGGGAUCUCGACCGAAUUGCCCAGACCACCGCUGAGGCCGAGGAGGAAGAGGAUGAGGAGUAAAUUAUUGAUACCAUGAAGGGAAAAUAAAUGGAUUCUACUACUACAACUACUACUACUACUACGGUUUUAGGUAGCACUGGUCAAUGGGAAACGGCGUCUGAAAAAAUGGCUGAAUGAAUUGAUUUGCGAACUUUACUUUCGCACUUCCCCAUGGCACACACACAUAUACUCUAUUCGUCUUGAAUAU